UGGGGACUUUAAUUUUGAUGCUGAUCCAGAGGCCCUGGAGGAAAUCAGGGAGCAGCAUGCGGACUUCAUGGCUGAUGUAAAGGAGGCCAAUAGGGCCCUGGAGAACUCCAUGGACACACGGCAGGAGGUCAAAGACCAUCUUUCCAGCUAUAGCCGCUUGGGAGACAUGGAGGCGCUGGAGAAAAUUGUCAAGGCUCUGAGUGUGGCCAAACUCAAUAAAAAUAUCUGUGGAGCGCCAGGCGAUGAGGAAUGCUCCAAGUCAGAGUGUGGGGGUGCGCUGUGUCGUGACAUCGUGGUACAGAGAGAAUGUGGGGGUCCUACAUGCAAGGGCAGUGUCCCUGUGAGCCACAACACCACAAAAACAGCAGCUCAACUAGACAAUUGCAUUGGAGACUUGCUCCACAAACUACAGGACUCCAAGAUAUCAAUGAGGCCAAACAGAAGACCAAGGACACCCAUCACCAAUUGAAGGAGAUACAGAAGAAAAUCACUGACAGCAAGGACACGUUUGACAGGGAGAAGAAAGACACCAAGGACCUCAUUAAGAGGGUCAAAGACUACCUCACAGAGAUGAGAUGGUGGCACCAGAGGACAUAGAAAGGUUGGCCAAGGGUGUUCUGGCUAUCCAGCUGCCGGGCUCUCUAGACGACACCUGCUCCAGAGCAUGUGGGGCAUGCUGGCCAACUUCACUGAGUUCAAGGAGGAUCUGAAAAAACUGGAGGACUAAGCCAAGACAGCCCAGGACCUACUGGAGAAUGCUCUGGAUAUCAGCGACAGAACCAAGGGUAUUGAUGUUACGGAUAUCAAGACAGCCAGUGGCCACAGAAAUCACAGGACGAGGUUGAGCAAGACCUGGAGAAGGCUAAGGAAAGCAAUGACAUGGCGUACAAGAUGAUUAAAGAGACCUCCACAGAUGCUGGAGGAGAUUGAGGCUCUGAAGAAGAAGACAGAGUUGAACAGAGAGCAGGCGGAGCAGGCCAAAGCUGAUGUUAUCACAGCCCUGGGUAGCUCUACGAACACAAAGGAGAGGACAAAGCCAUGGAGGUUGCCAUGUUGUUGGAGAUGGUGGAAUCCCUCCGAAGGGAGAUUGCCUCCCGUGUGGAUGGGUACAUUAUCAGUACCUCCCAAUACCCUAGGUGGAUCAAGAGAGGGGGAUUCAGGGUUCUAUCUUCAAGACGGUAUACAGGGUCACAGACUUCUAGCUCUUACACUUUACACAUUCAUAAGCAUGUCAUUGCAGAUGCCAUAGGCAACACUAACAACAUUUUAUAAUGCCUGUGUAAUAAUUAUCAUCAACUCAGUUCAAGAGAUUUAAAUUACUUUCAUGCAUAGAUCAAAGAUAUGGAAUUUACCCUAAACUGUGACCAGUAGUAGUCAAAUAAGUUAAUUGCUAUAAUAAUUAUCUGAUCUUGCGUGUGCCAAAUGGCAUGGAUAUAUAUUAUUUUUACACAUUACACUUUUAUUUUGUUUAUUCUGUUUAUUUACUGUUUAUAUUUACAUGCUCAAAAUGGUCUGUGUCUGGAACCUGUUCCUACUCUGAUGUCAUGUCAAAGAUAGGUUCUCUCAGGUUCUAGGUUGUAUUGUGUAAAUGGAAUUUCCUCACAUUCUGGAUGUCAGAAGGUGAAUUCACCAAUUUGUAAGUCGCUCUGGAUAAGAGCGUCUGCUAAAUGACUUAAAUGUAAAUGUAAAUGUACUGUUCAUUGCACCCUACCCUUUCCUCUCCACCUCGAGUUUUGCAACUGAAUUUAAUAGUGUAGUUCUCCUAAUCAUCCACGUGGGGGCGUAUGGUGGUCAUAAAACUGACAGUUGAGAGAGAAGCGUCCUUGUGAUCGGUAUUAUUACGUUUCAAACUGACCUAAUUAUCUGCUUUCAUGAUCUUUGAUGUUAAAAAGGGGGGACGAUUUUAUUCCUACUGACAUGGGAAACAUGUUUACAUUGCCAAAGCAAGUGAAAUAAGCAAUAUAAAAUGUACAGUAAACAUUACACGCACAAAAGUUCCAAAAUAAAGACACAAUGUCAUAUGUCUAUAUACAGUAUUGUAAUGAUGUGCAAAUAGUUAAAGUA